AUGGGAAAAGAUCCGAAUUCACUGCAUAACAAUGCACAACGAGCUUAUGUAGAUUUAAUGAAUCAAGCUCAACAUAUUAAAGUAUCACUUGAUAGACAAGCUACACAAAAAAUUUCAGCUAAUCGUCUACGUCUGAAAACUAGUAUAGAUGUUGUUCGAUGGUUGUCAUUUCAAGGGUGUGCUUUUAGAGAUCAUGAUGAAAGCUCGGGAUCAAAAAAUCGUGGGAAAUUUCUUGAAUUGUUAUCACUAUUAGCAUCGUAUGACGAGAAAGUUGAAAAUGUUUUGAAAAGUGCUCCACAAAAUGCUAGUUAUACUUCUUCAACAAUACAAAAAGAGAUAUUGCAAAUUUAUGCUAGUAGAGUUCGUAAUGUAAUUCGUGAAGAAAUUAGUGAUAGAAAGUUCAGCAUUAUUGUGGAUGAAGCGAGAAACGAUUUUGACAUACAAAAUAUCCGAGGUCAAGGAUAUGAUGGAGCAAGCAAUAUGCGUUGGGAAUUUAACAGCUUGCAAGCUUUGAUUUUGAAUGAUUGUCGAUAUGCUUAUUAUGUUCACUGUUUUGCUCAUCGUCUUCAGUUAGCAUUGGUUGCAGCAGCUAGAGAAGUGGUUGAAGUGCAUCAAUUCUUUAAAGACUUGUCUGAUAUUGUUAAUAUUGCUUCGACUUCUUCCAAACGACACGAUGAAAUACAAAAAGCCCAAGCAGCUGAAAUAUCUCGUUUGGUAUCCAUCAAUGAGUUAGCAACUGGAAUAGGAAUGAAUCAGAUUGGCACUUUACAACGUCCUGGUGAGACUCGAUGGAGUUUCCAUUUAAAUUCAGUUACUAGUUUACUGAAGAUGUACAAUGCUACUAGCACAGUUCUUGAAAAUCUAAAAAAUGCCGCUUCUAACUAUUCUUAG